CCUUUUUGAAUCUUACCACUCCAUUGACUGAUAAAGUACCGUCGGUCAUUGAAUAUAUCCGGCGGUCUUUUCAUUCGAUAGCCAUAUUGAGAGAAACACACGCCGACUUUAUAAAAAAAUGGAGAACGACUUGGGAACUCUGGUCGAUUUGUACAUCCCACGAAAAUGCUCUGCGAGCAAUCGCAUCAUCCAUGCCAAGGAUCAUGCAUCGAUACAGUUAACAUUGGCUGACGUCGAUCCAGAAACUGGACGCAUGACUGAUACUCAUAAGAUGUAUGCAAUCUGUGGAGCAAUCCGUCGUAUGGGUGAAUCAGACGAUUGUUUAGUACGAUUAACAAAGAAGGAUGGACUUUUACCGAAGAAUUUCUAAUAUAAAUUAUAUGGCCAGUUCUAAUUUCUAAUAAAGUUAAAAAAAAAAUAAAAUAAAA